AUGUUUCUCACCGAUAUUCGCAAUCGUGCACGCAGACAACCCAUUCGAAGACAGCAGCUUCGCGAUGAUCACCACGCCACAUCUUACGUACUUCGAGAGGUACAGGAGGCUCUGCAGACCGUGCGAUCCGACUGGACGCUCGCAAACUUCGGACUCCCACUGCCCGAUGACAGCCUGCCCGCUUUGGAACAGCAAAACGAGACCGAGACCCCCGAAGCACGAGCGCAGCAGUGGGAAGGGCGACUACAGACGUCGUUGCCGCUGUUGAACACAAAUCAACGUCAUGCCUUUGACGAAAUAGUGGGCUCCUUGCUUCCAGGCGUAUCCGUCUCUGCAUUGCUUCAAGGAUCCUUAAGCGCCGUUGCGGGACCUUCUAUGCUGACACGAAGUGGUCGUCUCUUCUUCCUCGAUGCUCCUGGCGGAACAGGCAAAACAUUCGUGCUCAGCGCCAUUCAAGACUUCCUUCGUACGCGCCGUAAGCAGGUCAUCGCUGUCGCUACGUCUGCUGUUGCUGCUGUGCUGCUCGACGGUGGACGCACCGCUCAUUCCGUGUUCAAGAUUCCCAUUCCUGUAUCUGCCGAAAGCACGUGCAGCUUCUCCGCAAACUCCGACACAGGCCGUACACUGCAACAAGUCGAUCUCAUCAUAUGGGACGAGAUCGUCAUGUGCCAUCGACAUUGCAUUGAGACUGUCGAUCGCUCCCUUCGAGACUUGAUGCAAACCUACCGGCCCUUCGGAGGAAAGUUCCUCGUGCUCGCUGGAGACUUUAGACAAAUCCUUCCCGCCGUUCCGGGCGGGUCCAGAGGUCAAAUCGUGAGUGCGUGGGUCAAGGCUUCCCCGCUGUAUCGAGAGUGCCGAUUCCUGCGCCUUACCGAGAACAUGCGCCUUGCUGCUCUCCGAGCGGACCCUGCAGCAGAUGUGGAGGCGCUCAACUUUCCAGAAUUCCUCCUCAGCGUCGGGGAAGGCAGACUUCAAGGCGAACAGCGCCCGGAAUGGAUCUCACUACCACAGUCCGUUGCGUUCGAGCACACCAUCCGCAAUUUGUGCCUCAAGGUCUUCCAAGGCAUUCGAGACAAUCACGCCGACCCUGCCUGGCUCACCAAGCGCGUUAUACUCACCACAAAGAACAGGCCGCUCGAGGAAGUCAACGAGGUCAUCGGCAACAUGAUUCUGGGAUCGUAUCGAACGUAUUUGAGCGCAGACAAGGUCGAGAACGAAGACACCAACGCCCUGAUCUAUCCCACAGAAAUGCUCAACACCUUGACCGCCGGAUCUGCUCUACCAGACCACAAGCUCAAGCUCAAGAAAGGCUUCAUCGUCAUGCUUCUGUGCAAUCUCGAUCCCGCUACCGGUCACGUCAACGGCGCGCGAUAUGUCAUCGAGAACAUGACCAACAACCUGCUCUUUCUACACGUUACCACCGGGUCACACCAAGGCAACAGACUGUGUCUUCCUCGAAUGCCCUGCGGACCAGGAGACGACAACUUUCCCAUCCCUGGCUUCACCCGAACGCAGUUCCCCAUUCGCACGUGCUUCGCCCUUACAACGAACAAAGCGCAAGGCCAAUCCUUCGGUGGCCGCAUUGGUCUCGACUUACGAGAUCACUGCUUCUCGCACGGUCAACUCUAUGUCGCACUAUCAAGGACUACUCACCCAGGCAACGUCACUGUCCUCACUCGAGAGUCCAAUGAAACAACGCGAAACGUAGUGUACCCCGAGGUCCUUCAGUAG